AGUGGGGAGGGUAGGUUAACUUGUAAAUGAAGUGGUCGAAUACGUGACCGAAAUCUCAACAAGACCACCCAAUCUGGAAAUAUGUAACGGCCGGACUAAACCUUGGAUAAUAUUUCCGAAUGGAAAACAUGAAAUUCCCUAUAAGAAGCACAAAGAAGCUGUGUUUUUACGCGGCGUUGUUGGUGUCGCUUACGAGCGACCUGGCAAUGGGAGCCUCGUUCUAUGGCGAUGGCUAUGUGCAGCUGAAGACAGUGGAGUCGUCGAACCGUAACUCCCUGCGUGUUCGUUUCCGUACCUCCAGCCCCCGUGGCCUGCUCUUCCUCGCUGCCGGCCACACAGACUACCUUCUACUGGAGCUGAACGCUGGUCGCCUGCAGGUGAAGCUGGACCUGGGCUCUGGUGAGCGGUUGCUGAGAUCAGAGAGCAGCACCCAACUAAACGACCUGGCCUGGCACACUGCUGAGCUUCUCCACGACCGCCAUAAUGUCACCCUAACUAUGGACCAGUACUCCCACACCAGCCUCAGGAUGCCUGGGCACUGGUCUCAGAAGCAGGAUCUUACCAUUCAGGAUGGGCUGUACGUCGGCGGGUCUGGAGGCCUGGACAAGCUCUACCUACCCAAUGACCUAACAGGAUUCAGGGGGUGUGUGGACCAGGCUGUUUUCAACGAGAACAACAUGUUAUCGUCGUUGAGACCGUACGCUGGAUUCAAGAGUGUCUAUGAGGUUUCUUUGGGCUGUAGUCCCCAGUUCUUCGCUAACGAGGAGGACCCUGUUAGUUUCUUUAGUUCAAGAGCGUAUGUCUCCCUGCCACCCUGGAACGUCUCCCACAACCAGCAAGAGGCGCUGUUUGAGUGUGUGGUUCACACCUCGGCUAAAGAGGGGAUUGUCUUGUACAACUCGGCCAGACAAGGGGACUUUGUGGCAGUUGAAAUCCAAGAAGGGCUGCUGGUGGCCAUCGUGGGUAAAGGAGGCACCAAGACAGAACUUAAAUCCCUCACCUUUGUCAAUGACAGGAACUGGCAUUCAGUGAAGAUGUUCUUCACCCCCAAGACCCUACAGCUGACAGUGGACAAGGAGACAGUGAAGACUAGCAUCAGCUCUCGCUCCAAGGGACUUCAGCUAAGAGGGUCGCUGUUUGUGGGGGGCAUUGAUGACAGCACACGUUCAGAAGUCAGGAAGAUGGGUCUGGUGUCUGUGUUGGGAAACAGAGUCCGAGGAGGUUCUUUUAAGGGCUGCCUGAAGGACAUGAAAGUCAAUGGGGUCAUGAUGGGUCUGCCUAAUGCUGUAGUCACUAAAGAUAUAUCAGUGGGCUGCGAGCCGGAGAAAGAACCAGAGCCCUCGACCACGAUGGGUUCAACUACUAUCCCGACUGUCCCCAACUCCCGGUUCGAUCCCACUUCGGUCACCCCUACCCCAGAAUUCCCUAUGGUCACUCUGGCCAGGGGGCUGGACAAGAAGUACGGGGCCAACUUCGUGCUGCUCAGGAACCUUGUAGUCUCAGAGGGCGGACGUGGGUCUCUAGAGUCCAAGCACAUCAAGGUGCUCCUGGACUUCAAGAAGCUCGGGGUACGCCAGUCUCAGAUCAUGUUCCGGAUCCAGGAGCAGCCGGUGCACGGUCAGAUACGAUUGGAUGUGGACCAGGACCAAGAGGAGAACAUCUUUAGCAUGCUGGACCUGUGGCACGGCAGGGUGAUAUACAUCCACGGAGGAUCAGAGGACCCAGAAGACUUUUUCACUUUCUCUAUCUUCUCUUCCUCCAGGAAGGAGGUUCCCACAUACCUACAGGGGACGAGAAGGUACCGCUACAACAUCACAGUGACCCCCACCAAUGACGCCCCAGAGCUCAGCCUGCCCCAGGGGAACCUUUUCGUCCUGUUGGAGAAUUCUAGAAAACUCCUAACCAAAGAGGUGUUGAAAGUCACAGACAUUGACAGCAACCACACCGACCUGGUCUUCUCCAUCCUGGGGAACCUGAACCCUGACGCUGGUUAUCUGGAGGUGGGAGAUAACCCCGACACUGCAGUGACCACGUUCUCCCAUUCUGAUCUGGAGGAAGGGAAGGUGAACUAUGUCCACACUGGGGUGAGGAACUCCAGGAUCGUGCUGAGGGUCAGUGAUGGAGACAAGGUGAGCAACACAGUGGUUCUGAGGAUCAUGGCCAUAGGUUUGGAGUAUAAGAUCGCCAACAACACUGGGCUUGAGAUCAUUCAAGGUGAGGUAGCUGUGAUCAGUAACAAGCAACUGGCCAUUCAGACCAAUGCCGUGAAUCAAGUGGUAGACAUCCGAUAUGAUGUCGUCGAGCCACCUCAGUAUGGGGAACUUCAGAGGCUUCACUCCAGCGGAGAAUGGAAGCCCACCGGUUCUUUCUCUCAAAGGCUGCUGGAGAAAGAACGCCUUCGGUACCUCAGCACUUUCCAAGAAAUCCAGACUGCCACUGCUACGGAUGACUUCAAAUGCAAGGUCACUGUAGCAGGAAGAGUUGACACUGAACUGGUCUUUCCAGUCACAGUGAAGUGGGUACAUUAUAACCUAGUCAGGAACGUAAUGGCCGAUUUGAAUAAAGUUCGGAAAGUGACGUUGGACUCACAGUAUCUUUAUGCCACGGUGGACAUUGUGACACUGUCCGAGGAUGAUCUUCACUUCAGAGUUCUCUCCUCGCCGAAGAAAGGACAACUUCUCCUUGUUAACGAGUUAUUGAAGAAAAACUCAACUUUCAGCCAAAGAAAUGUCACUGAUCUAAAGGUUCUAUACGAACUGGUCGACAGACCGUACGAAGACACGAGUGACACGUUUAAAUUCCAAGUGUUCUCCAAGCACGCUCAAUCACAAAGUUACCAUUUCCAGAUCUCAAUAAAAGCUGACGUCAACAGCGUAUUUAUAAGAAACGACAAACUAUCUAUAAUGGAGGGAGAGAGUAAACUCAUCACAAAAGACGAGUUGUUUGCAGAGACUCUUAGCACCAAGGAGCUGUACUACACCGUCACAAGAAGCCCUAAACACGGGAAGCUGCAACGCAUCAACCUGUCCAACUCUAACGCCAGUUACAACAACAUCCUAACGUUCAGCAACCAGGAUCUCUUGGAGGAGCGCGUCAUGUACAUCCACGACGACACAGAGACCACUCAGGACCAGUUCACAUUCAUAGCCUCCACUAGUCAGGAGUCCAAAUCCUCCGUCACGGACGAUGAGGUCGGCUCUAAAGAAGGGACGUUUAACAUCUCCAUCCAGCUAGUUAACGACGAAAAGCCGGUGCGCGUUGUCGAUAAAGUUUUCCACGUGGUGAGGGACGGGCAGCGGUUGCUAACCCUGGACGAUCUCUGUUACCAUGACGCAGACUCGGACUUCAGCGACGGGCAGUUGGUCUACACGCGACGGGGAAUCCCGAUGGGAGACCUGGUUCUGGUGAACGACACCUCUCACAGGCUGUUCCAGUUCACCCAGAAGGAGCUGGAAGAGAAGAGAGUGUUGUUCCUCCAUCGUGGCGUGAACUCCGGACGCUUCGUGCUCUUCGUGUCUGACGGGAAACACUUAGUCUCCACUCUGCUGGACGUCAGCGCCCACGACCCGUUCCUGAGCCUCGGCAACAACACAGGUCUGUUGGUCCAGAAGGGAAAGGAAGUGACCGUAACCACCGGUAACUUCAGCGUCCUCACGAACCUCAAUGUCCGUGAUGACAGCGAAGUCACCUACAAGGUGUCCGAGCCUCCUAAGAACGGCUGGCUGUAUCGCCACGGAAACAUCUCAGUGGAGUUUACACAGCACGACCUGAAGAAGGGCCUCGUCUCCUAUCGCCACGAUGACAGCAAGAACCUGGCGGAUUGGUUCAGUGUCAUGGUUAAGGUUAAAGGUCACGUCCUGAAUGCCAGAAUCAACGUUAAGGCUUACCUGGAGAGCCAUCAGAGGCCCCCUAUCCUCCAGCACAACAACACCUUACUGGUGGAGGAGAGCAAACCUGUGAAGAUUGACGGGAGUAGACUGGAGGUGACCCACGAGGACAACCUGCCAUCUGAGAUUGUAUUUACAGUGAAGGUGGCUCCGCUACACGGGUUCCUGCGGCGCUUCGUGGAGGCUGAGGAGCAGUAUAUUGGAACAGGACAGACCCCCGUCCAAACCUUCUCCCAGGAAGACAUAAAUGCUGGCAACAUCCAGUACAUGCAGACGACCCCCAGCCAGGUCAACGACACAUUCCUAUUGGACGUCUCUAACGGUGUCACAGAGGUCAACAGUAUCAGGAUAUCCGUGGACAUAAUCCCCCGCCUCAUCCCUCUCCAGGUGUCCAAUUUCACCCUGAGAGAGGGCGGGGCCAAGGCCUUGACACAGGAAGUGCUCAGAGUCACCAACCGACACUUCUCUGGCCUCAACUUCCUAUACAGUUUGACUGAGCCGCCGCAGAACGGAUAUAUUGAACAUUCACGUUACCCCGGUGUUCCUGUGCUGUCUUUCACCAGACGCCAGGUGGAGCAGGAGUUAAUCUACUACAUACAUGACAGCAGUGAGACCUUAGAAGACAACUUCACUGUGGUGGCCAACGACACAGGCCUGAGGAAACAGAGCUCUCCCUGUACCGUGUACAUCCAGGUCACAGCCGUCAACGACCAGCAUCCAGUCAUCACCGCCAACAGGGUCCUCAGGGUGUGGGUGGGGUCGGUCACAGAGAUCCGCUCUGACGACCUGGAUGCCCAGGAUGAGGACACGCCCCCUGAGGAGCUGCAGGUGAUAGUGACUCCGCCCUCUAAUGGCCACCUGGCGCUGAAGAGCGCCCUCGCCAGGCCGCUCCUGAACUUCACCCUGCAACACAUCCAUCUGGGACAGCUGCUGUUCGUCCACAGUGGUGCCAUGUCUGGAGGGUUCAACUUCCAGGUGAACGACGGAGUGAACUUUGCCCCCCGACAGAUCUUCAGCAUCACAGCCAGCGCCCUGGUCCUCAGCCUGGAGAUUAACAGACCUCUCAAAGUGUUCCCAGGCUCUACUACACCAAUCACCAAGGAGGACCUGCAGGCGUUGACCAAUGACAAGAGCGACACAUCCAACCGCACCAUUACCUUCAACGUGAUUCGUCGACCAAAACUAGGCAGACUGGUGACAGUGCUGGCUGAUAAUUUCACUGUUGACGUCUCAUCCUUCACACAGACCAUGGUGGACCAGCGGGAGAUUCUGUACAUCCAGAGUCUUGUGGCGUCGGUUGGCUGGUCCGCUAUGGACUCAAUGACCUUCUCAGUGUCCUCACCUCCAGCUUCCCUAGAGAACGAGACCUUCAGGAUGGACAUCUCCUACGAGAAUGCUGGACCCGACCGCAAGACUCUGCUCCUCGCUAACACAGGUGCGGUGGUGACCGAGGGUGACCACUUCGUCAUCGACGAGUCCAAGCUGGAUGCGUCUAACCUUAUGUCCAAGCUGCCCACACCCCAGCGCAGCUCUCACGAGAUCUGGUUCCAGGUAAAGUCUCUACCCCAGCACGGGGUCAUUGUGGUGGGAGAGAGGAACCUCACUGUGGAGAAACCCAACUUCUCCCAGUACAUCCUCAACAAGUAUGGCAUCACAUACCGGCACGACGACUCCGAGACACUCCACGACCACUUUGUCUUCGACACCUGGCUGAACCCCAAGGGUAAGCCGGCCCAGCGCCCUCUGGAAGACAGCCAGGUUCUGGAGGAGUGUUUCAACAUCACGGUGAUCCCAGUCAACGACCAACCGCCCGUUCUGAAGACCAAAGCCCCCAGCCUGAGUGUGGUGCAGGGGGACACAGUGGCCCUGGGGCCGGAGAACCUCAAUGUGGAAGACUUGGACAACCCUUCAGAGGAUAUCCAGUACACUGUCGUCAGCAAGCCCAACAACGGCUAUCUGGCCCUGGGAGGAAGCCUGAACGAGUCUGUGGUGUCCUUCACUCAGGCUCAGAUCAACAGUGGGAUGGUGUACUUUGUUCAUGAUGGAAGCCGGGCUUCUGGGGUGUUUUAUUUUAGUGUUUCCGAUGGCCAUCACAAACCGGUCUAUAAGCUCUUCAACCUCGAGGUGACGGAGAUCACCAUCUCCCUUGUCAACAACACUGGGCUGGCUCUGGAGCAGGGACAGAUGUCCGUGGUUUUAACCCAGGAGAGUCUGGUGGCAGAGACCAACGGAAAAAACACAACGGUUCACUACCGGAUCACCGCUGCGCCACGGUACGGCAAGAUCCUCCGGCUGGAUGACCAGGAGGUCAACCAGUUUGAGCAGGAGGACUUAAGGACGGGUCGCGUGUUUUAUCACAUGACGGCCCUCACGUCUGGUCAGGACAGCUUUGAGUUCACCGCGUUUACAUCGGAAGCUAACCUGACAAACCAGGUUGUCAACAUCACAGUUAAGCCCCUGGUCAGGUUUGGCGAGGGGGUGAGAAUAUCCAAUGGCAUCGUGGUCAAACUCAACACUGGUUUCCUCAACGCCACUGAGCUGGCUUCUCUAUCCGUCAGCGACCCUUUCUUCGAGGUCGUCUCUCAUCCAAAGUAUGGAAAGCUGGUCCGAGGAAAACCCAAAGCUGGUAAGAAAACCGAGCCACUGGGGUCUUUCUCCUUCCAGGAUGUGAAGCAGGAGAGGCUAUCCUUCGAGCUCAACGCUAACAUGACUGGAGUGCAGGAGCUGAACGACUCGCUGGUGUUCAUUCUGAAAGCGGAGAACGUCCCACCUGCCAGGGGAGAGUUCCGGUUCACUAUCGUUCCGUAUGAUCCAUCGCUAGUUCUAACCACCAAGAGUCCCAUCCUGACCACCAGCAGUCCUUUCUCUCAGCCUCUGAACCAAACGAUAGUGUUCGGUGUUGGGACGGCACUACCCUCUCUGUCCACCUCCCUCCUUUCCACACAGAGACCCAGCAAGACCCACCAGAAGUUCAAAGGUCGCAACCGCUGGGGGAACACCAACAGGAACGACUCGGCAGGUACAGAUACUACUCUGGGCAAGCCCACCCUGAGUAAAGGAGACGACAAUGAGAUUUCCUUUGUGAAUACACCGGUCCGAGUAGAGUCAUACCCACAAAAGUCUUCCAACCUGAUAUUGGUGAUCCUACCUCUCCUGGCCAUGCUCUUAUUGGUCAUCAUCCUGGUGGUGCUGGUUUUCCUGCUGCGACGCAACAGGAAGAGGAAACAGAAACCUGUCACCUCGAAGCCGCCAGCCUCACCCUCGCCCUCAACCCCACCGGCCUAUAACGGCCAGUCGCAGAGGAGCGCGGCUGUUCCCACGGUAACGGUGACCCCACUGAGCCCCAGUAGCCCUGCCCUGGACAGACUGCUUCCUUCAGCCAAUCAGGGCUUAGUUAGCAACUCCACAUCACUGCUACUUUGCUCGUGGAACGGUGUAGAUCCAGAGAGUUCAGCCCAGCUCAUUAGGACCACACCCCCCACUCUACAGCAGAACCAAUACUGGGUGUGACUCUGUAGCUGCUGCCACCUAGGGGAGGGAUGGGGAAGUGGACUGUCUACCCUGUACACUAACAUCCAUCCCCACCAACCCCACUCAUCAGUUACACUGUAAACCAUGACACUGCUGUACUAUUUGUUUUGUGAUAUAAUCAAAGCAUUUUCUACUGAAGCUAAGCACAAUCAGCACUGGGAAUUCUAACCACUAUCUCCACUUUGCAACAUAAUUAGUACUGGGAAUUCCAACCACUAUCUCCACUUUGCAACAUAAUUAGUACUGGGAAUUCCAACCACUAUCUCCACUUUGCAACAUAAUUAGUACUGGGAAUUCCAACCACUAUCUCCACUUUGCAACAUAAUUAGUACUGGGAAUUCCAACCACUAUCUCCACUUUGCAACAUAAUUAGUACUGGGAAUUCCAACCACUAUCUCCACUUUGCAACAUAAUUAGUACUGGGAAUUCCAACCACUAUCUCCACUUUGCAACAUAAUUAGUACUGGGAAUUCCAACCACUAUCUCCACUUUGCAACAUAAUUAGUACUGGGAAUUCUAACCACUAUCUCCACUUUGCAACAUAAUUAGUACUGGGAAUUCCAACCACUAUCUCCACUUUGCAACAUAAUUAGUACUGGGAAUUCCAACCACUAUCUCCACUUUGCAACAUAAUUAGUACUGGGAAUUCCAACCACUAUCUCCACUUUGCAACAUAAUUAGUACUGGGAAUAACAACCACUAUCUCCACUUUGCAACAUAAUUAGUACUGGGAAUUCUAACCACUAUCUCCACUUUGCAACAUAAUUAGUACUGGGAAUUCUAACCACUAUCUCCACUUUGCAACAUAAUUAGUACUGGGAAUUCCAACCACUAUCUCCACUUUGCAACAUAAUUAGUACUGGGAAUUCCAACCACUAUCUCCACUUUGCAACAUAAUUAGUACUGGGAAUUCCAACCACUAUCUCCACUUUGCAACAUAAUUAGUACUGGGAAUAACAACCACUAUCUCCACUUUGCAACAUAAUCAGUACUGGGAAUUCUAACCACUAUCUCCACUUUGCAACAUGAUUAGUACUGGGAAUAACAACCACUAUCUCCACUUUGCAACAUAAUUAGUACUGGGAAUUCCAACCACUAUCUCCACUUUGCAACAUAAUUAGUACUGGGAAUUCCAACCACUAUCUCCACUUUGCAACAUAAUUAGUACUGGAAAUUCCAACCACUAUCUCCACUUUGCAACAUAAUUAGUACUGGGAAUUCCAACCACUAUCUCCACUUUGCAACAUAAUCAGCACUGGGAAUUCCAACCACUAUCUCCACUUUGCAACAUAAUUAGUACUGGGAAUUCCAACCACUAUCUCCACUUUGCAACAUAAUUAGUACUGGGAAU